UCGUACUACCGCGUACGUAGUGCAAAAACACUGAGAAAUCAUAUAAAACAUUUGUAGGUACACCGGAAAAUGUGCUGUUUUUCACCGUAAAUCGCGCUUUUUGAUACAAGUUUUUUCAUAUAAAGUGUAAUAAAAGACGUUAAAACGGCUACCCGAAGGAUAUAUCCCGUGAAACCAAUGCAUUUAGCGGCGGAUGCCGUUCGUCAGAGGAGAAUUAUCUUGAGACUCGAGUCUACGGAAUCUGAGGAUCACUUUAGUAGGUGUUAUUGUAUUACCCUGCCAGCGCCGCCGGAUAUCAGUAUACCAUGUCGCUGCCAAGGGAGUUUAUUUUUAAUCAGGAGUUGUCGAAGAUGGACGUACAGUUCCUUGGCACAUCCGCACCGCCCACUUCCCAAGCGCCCGUCAGCUGCUCCAUCGAGAUGGCGACAGACACCAUCGCUGAGGCAUUGUCUCCGGACAACGCAGGGUCGCUGCUGUCGAUCCAGUCGGCACCGCCGGAGCAGAGCGAGCGCUCUGAGCCGCGAGAGCGUCCCGUCAGUUUGCUGCUCGAGCUGCCGUUAGCCACUCAAGUGGGCGCGUACCUGUCCGCGAUGUCGCCGACGGACCAGGAGGAGGAUUCGCUGCUGACACUGUCCUCGGUGACGGCGCGCCCUCUGCUGGCGGCGUCAAGGAAGCUCCGACCGACCGACAGCUCCACCGACGUGUCGUCGCCACCCGACGGCGGGUACGGCUGGGUGGUGGUGCUGGGCGCGUUCAUGGUGCAGUUCUGGGUGGCUGGGCUCUUCAAGUCGUACGGCGUGCUGUAUGUGGAGAUCAUGGAAACGUUUCCGGACUCCUCCGAGAGCGUCGCGUCUUGGAUACCGGCAGCGCUGUCCACGCUCUGCUUGGCUUUGGCUCCUCUGUCGUCGGCGCUAUGCGAGAAGUACUCCUGCAGAUUGGUGGUAUUCACUGGCGGGCUGUUCUGCGCCACCGGGCUUGCUGUAUCGUACUUCAGCACCGGCCUGCUGCACCUGCUGUUGAGCUUCGGUGUGAUGACCGGUAUUGGAGGAGGUCUGUCGACGACGCCGGGCAUCGUUAUUGUCUCACAGUAUUUUGAUAAGCACAGAGCUCUGGCCAACGGGAUAUGUGUGAGUGGGACGGCGGCGGGUAGCUUCGUGUUCCCCAUGCUGAUAGAGAAAUUGGUAGACACGUACGGACUGCAUGGAACGGUUCUACUUUUAGGAGGUGGCAUGCUGCACGUGUGUGUGGCAGCCACACUCUACCGACCACCGCCCACGCCACGCGCCAUUACUCCUGUCACCACGACCACCACUGAAAACACCACUUUGCUGAAUGACAUCACUGAAGGGAAAACGGUUGUGCCAAGCAAGGACAACAAGCUACAGAAUCUAUUCCAAACCGAAACGGAGAUGACGUUGAACCAGAAGAACGCGAUGCUGUGUGACGAGAAACGAACCAAUCUGCUGAGCGAGAUCAUACAUCCGAGUCUAAUCGAGCAGGUGGCGCGUCCCCCCCUACCGUCACAGUACAUGUCGGAUUCUGAAGAUUCGGAGGGGAUGGACGUUCUAGGAGUUGUGGGAUUACCCCGGGAAGUGGUACGUUUAAGACUGCGACCUACACGGUCGUCCUCCAUACUGCACUCCGUUGAGGAUCUCUCUACUGACAGCACGUGUGUCUACAAAGCGAGGGGCAGACAGCUGAGUCGAUCAUUAUACAUCAAGCCACCGCUACCGAGUAGAAUAAUCCAGAGCCAGUUGACAGAACCGGCGAACAAUGUGAAGAAGACAGAAGAAGUCAAAGAAGAGAACGUAGAAGAGAAAGAAGAGAAGACCGGCUGCAUCGGAACGAUAUCGAGGUACCUCGACGUGUCACUGCUCAAGUCGUGGCGCUUCGGUUUGCUGUGCGCGUCCGUGGCGCUGAUGUCCUGCGGGUCUCCGUACGCGUUGUACUAUCUGCCCGCGUAUACCGUCGCAGUUGGACAUAGCAAGGCUGCUGCCGGUCACUUGGUAGCCAUCAGUGCGGUGCUGGACCUAUGCGGUCGCCUAGGUCUCGGCUAUCUGUGCGAUUUACAUCUGUUCUGCAGACGAAAGGCGUAUAUACUGAGCAUAUUAGUCGCCGGCAUUGCUGUGCUGUCGUUGCCUAGCUUGACGUCGUGGUGGGGCUUGGCUAUCGCAUCAGGCGCCUACGGCCUCUGUCUCGGGUGUUGGUUCCUCCUCGUACCAGUACUGCUGGCGGACGCAUUCGGGACAGCCCGCAUCGCGUCAUCGUACGGGCUGGUACGCAUGUUCCAGAGCUUGGCUGCUGUCUCCGUGCCGCCCACUGCUGGUCUCCUCCGUGACGUCACCGGAGGAUACUCAUGGUGUUUCUACGGCAUGGGGUCCUGCAUGGUGCUGGGAACUGUUCCCGUCAUCGCCUUCCACCUCAGCACCAAGAACGAAGACUCGGAGUCAUCUGUGGAUUGAACUACCAACUUGCAUUUUGAGGGUAUAUCAAAUUUUUUUCAAGUGAAACUAAAAUGAACCUUAUGUUAAUGGGCUUAAAGUCUUAAAUCGUGUACAAGGCACCUAUUAAAGGUGUAAUUUGCCUAUUUAAAGAUCUCACAUAUAUUUCGAGGAUAUAUCAAAAAAUAUUGUAGUUAAACUGAAUUGGACCUUAUAUUUGUGGUACUAAAGUCUUAAUUCGUGUACACAGCAACUGUUAGAUGUAUCAACUACUGAUUGAAGUUCUGAUUUAUUUUGAGGGUAUAUCGAAAAAAAAUCUAGUCAAACUAAAAUGAACCUUAUGUUUAUGGUAUCAAAGUUUUAAUUUGUAUACACAGCAAUUACAUUAUCAAGGUGUAAUGUGCCUAUUUAAAGAUCUGACUUGCAUUUUAAAGGUAAAUCAAAGCAUAGUUAAACUGAAUUGAACCUUAUGUUCAUUAUUUUAAAGUCUUAAUUCGUGUACACAACAGAUACCUAUUACAGGUGACAUCUGUUGAUUGAACCACCAACUUGCAUUUGGAGGGUAUAUCGAUUUAUUUUCUAGUCAAACUAAAAUAAACCAUAUGUUUAUGGUAUUAAAGUCUUAAUUCAUGUACAUUGUACACAGCAACUUUUUCUUCGGUGUCAUCUGCGUAUUGAAGAUCUGAUUUUCAUUUUGAGGGUAUAUCAAAAACAAUUUAUUAGGCAGAGUGAAUUGAACCUUAUGUCAAUUGUAUUAAAGUCUUAAUUCAUGUACACUAUGAGAUUCUUAUUUGCUAAGUUAUGUAUCCAUUAAAGAACCAAGGUUCAUUAGUUCAUAUAUCUAUUGAAAACAAUUUUUAGUUACAAUAAAUUGAACCUUAUGUUAUUAGUGUUAAAGUCUUAAUUUACGUACAGUAAACCUCUGCGCUCUGUAAUCGCAAAAUCAUCCGUCGAUUCAAAAUCUUAUUUAAUUUUGGGAGAACAAAAAGCAUUUUUUUAGUCAGACUUAAACGAACCUUAUCCUAGUGUUAUUAAAGCCUUAAUUCGUAUACACAGCAACUUACUAUUAGUUGUCGACAGCUGUAGAUUUAACUUAAUUAAAAAAAAAAACAAUUUUUUGUCAGAGUAAAUUGAACCCUAUGUUAGUAGCAUUAAAGAUUUAAUUAAUGUUCUUUAAGAGCUAGUUAAUUCGCAGAGUCAAAUGUCGAUUGAAGAACUAAUUUUCAUUUCGUGGGUAAAUCGAAAAUCCAGUUACUUAGUCCAAGUAAAUUGAACCUUAGGAUAGUAGAUUUAAAGUCUUAAUUCAUAUACAGUGGGAGCUCCAUACUUGCAGAGUCAAAUGUCGAUUGAAGAACUAAUUUUCAUUUCGGGGGUAUAUCGAAAAAAAAUUCAUUAGUCAAAGUAAAUUGAACCUUAUGUUAAUAGAUUUAAAGUCUUAAUUCAUAUUCAGUGGGAGCUCCGUUUUCGUAGAGUCAAAUGUCGAUUGAAAAACUAAUUUUCAUUUCGAGGGUAUCGAAAAAAAAGGUCAUUAGUCAAAGUAAAUUGAACCUUAUGGUAGUAGAUUUAAAGUCUUCAUUCAUAUACAGUGGGAGCUCCGUUUUAGUAGAGUCAAAUGUCGAUUGAAAAACUAAUUUUCAUUUCGGGGGUAUAUCGAAAAAAAAUUCAUUAGUCAAAGUAAAUUGAACCUUAUGUUAGUAUAUUUAAAGUCUUAAUUCAUUUAUAAUGAGAGCUCCGUAUUCACAGAGUCAAAUGUCGAUUGAAGAACUAAUUUUCGUUUCAAAGUAAAUUGAACCUUAUGUUAAUAGCAAUAAAGUCUUAAUUCAUAUACCGUAGGAGCUUCAUCUACACAGUCAUAUAUCAAUUGAAUAUCAAACCUCGAGGAUAAUAUAUCGAAAAAAAAUUGUACUCAAACGGAAUUGGACCUUAUGUAAAUUGUAUUAAAAUCCUAAUUCGUAUACACUGAGAUAUUCGUAUUCGCAAAGCCGAUUGAAUCUCAUUUCUUCAUUUUGAAAAAAAAAUCUAGUUAGAGUAAAAUGUACCUUAUGUAACUAGUAUUAAAAUCUAAAGAAUGAAGAUUAUGAUUCAUCUAUUGAUCGAACCACCUUUUUUGUGUGUAGUUAGGUACAUUAAAACAAAUUUAAUCGAACUAGAAUGAACCUUACGGAAAUGAUUUUAAAGUCUUUAUUCGUAAAUCAGUAGCAGCUCACUAUUUGCAGAGUUAUCGAUUGAAGCUCCAAUUUUUAUUUCGAGGGUAUACCAAAAAACAUUGUAGUUAGGGUAAAAUGUACCUUAUGUACUUAGUAUUAAAGACUAAGGAAUGAAGAUUAGGAUUCAUCUUUCAAUCGAACUACCUUUUUUGUGUGUAGGUAGGUACAUUAAAACAAAUUUAGUCAAACUAGAAUGAACCUUACGAUAAUGAUUUUAAAGUCUUUAUUCGUAAAUCAGUAGGAGCUCGCUAUUUGCGUAGUUAUCGAUUGAAGCUCCAAUUUUUAUUUCGAGGGUAUACCACAAAAAUGUAGUUAGAGUAAAAUGUACCUUAUGUACUUAGUAUUAAAGACUAAAGAACGAGGAUUAGGAUUCAUCUUUCAAUCGAACUACCAAUUUCAGUUUUGUGAGUAAAUCAAAAGACUUGUAGUUAAUCUAAAUUGAACCUUACGUUUAUGGUUUUAAAGUCGCUUCGCUAUUCGCUUAGACAAAAAUUAAUACUUCCAAUUUUCAUUGUUUAUGAAUAUAUUUUCGUAGUCAAAGUAAAAUAGACCUUUCGCUACUAUUAUUAAAGUCUACUAUCAAAGUCUAGUAGUACGUUGAUCUAUCGGUCCAGGUCUUUAUCAUUACCAUCUCUUAAUGACCGUUGAAGAAAUUAUCACCAGCCAGUCCAUAUUGAAGCAGCAUGGUGGGUCAAAACUCCAUAUCGCCACUUCUAUAAGUCAUGAGGCAUGAGUGUUAAGCCUCAUGUACCAAAAACUCAGACUAAUUACUUAAGGACUAGUCAUCAUCAUCAUAAUCAUUAUCAACCCAUAUUCGGCUCACUGCUGAGCUCUAGUCUCCUCUCAGAAUGAGAGAGGUUAGGCCAAUAGUCCCAAGCUGGCCCAAUGCGGUUUGGCAGACUUCACACACGCAGAGAAUUGAGAAAAUUCUCAGGUAUGCAGGUUUCCUCACGAUGUUUUCCUUCACUGUUUGAGACACGUGAUAUUUAAUUUCUUAAAAUGCACAUAACUGAAAAUUUGGAGGUGCAUGCCCCGGACCGGAUUCGAACCCACGUAUUCGUAUUCAUAUACAACUAUAAUACGUUCGUUUUAAAUGCAACAUGAAAUAAUUUUGUAGUGUAGAUUUCUACAAAUCAUUAUAAGAUACCUAUUGUUAAAAUAAAAAGUGAUUGUCAGGAAAUACAUAUAAAAUAGUAGAUUGUUAACCAAGGGUGGAAAGAAUCAAUUCCCGAGGUAUUUAGACGCACGAGCGUAGCGAGGGCGGCUAUAGUCCGAGUAGGAAUUCAAUUUUUUUUAAACUCCGUCACUGUUAUGUAACAAAUUUUUCAAAUUUUAUUUAGGGAACUCAAUACGUUAUUGCGGCUUAUUCCGAUUAAGAAGUUUGCGCUAAAUUUAUACUGGCUGUUUAGAAACUCACAUGGCCGUAGCAUUUUUUUUUUUAUAAUUACUUUACUUUUUACAUAAAAGUUUUCCUCUAGAACUUCAUUGACGUCUGAACAAGCUGUAUGGUCAACGAUCUUUGCCUGUCCCCGAAUUUAGUUGGGGACAAAUAAAAAAAAAACAUAAAACUCUUCACAGCUAAUGACAGCAGUUCUAUUUUUAAAGUUCAUUUUGGCCCUUAGGUGGGAAGUGAUUUGUAUGAGUUAUUCCCUCCCUGUGUAGGGAAGCAGCAUUUUCCACCCAAUACUCAGAUCAAAACAACACUACUUUCCGAGUAUGAGAAGUGAAAAAUAUUGAAACACUCGUUUUCAUAUUCUAUGUGAUUUUUUAUAUAUCAUCACUUUUAUCAAUAAUAUCAAAUUAUUUCUAGUAAUAUUCAUAUUAGAUUAAAUGAAAGUGAAACCGAGUGUAUUCAUAUUUAUUCAUAAUACCAUACAAAUUCGUUUUAGUAGAGGUGUUUCUUUUUUACAUUAUAUCGAAAACGUUUAUACUAAUAAAAAAAUAGUGUGGAAUAGUGUGGAAAAAACAUUCAUUUUCAUGUUUAAUGUGAAAUCACUUUAGUAGGUAUAUGUGUUUUUAAUAAAAUCAAUACUAUAGAAAUGUGUUAGCAAAUAAUAUUGGUUCCAACCAAUUGCAUUCAUAUAAAACCAUAAUACGUUCGUCAUCAUGAUCAAUAUAUCCAAUAAUUUUGUAGAAUAGGUAGAUAUGUGUUAAUAAUAAAAAAAAAAACAAAUAAAAUAACCAAAUCAUACACUGUACUGACUGUAGAUAGUAGAAUAAAAAUAAAUGAAUCGUUAGAUUUUCACAAAAAAACGGUUGUUGAUGUUAAUAAUUGUCUAUGAUAUUUUAGUGAGUACCCACAUUUUUAUAGAUAAUUGCAUUAAUUCGUAAUUAUAAUAAAUUCUUACUUUCAUCAUCUACCUAUUUGCAUGAAAAUCGAUGAACUAUAAAAAUAUGAAAUAAUAAAUCUGACUCUUGUUCAUUGUAAUUGUAUCGAAGAGAAUCUUUGGAACCAUCAAAAACUUUAAAGGCUACAGGUAAAAUAUAGAAUUUUUAAAGCAUAAAGCGGAAAUAUACAUCACUAUAAUUACAUUAAUAAAUUACAUUUAUUUGUAAACCAGAAUAAAUUCAAUUAUAUUAAUUAUGUUUAAUCUACAAAUUCAAUUAUUCAUGACCAGUAGUUAAUUCUUUUUUUAUCUAUACUAAUAUUAUAAAGCUGAAGAGUUUGUUUGUUUGUUUGUUUGAUUGAACGCGCUAAUCUCAGGAACUACUGGUCCGAUUUGAAAAAUUCUUUCAGUGUUAAUUAUAUUCGCCUUCCUCGAUAAGUGGGCUAUCCACUUAUCGAGGAAGGCGAAUAUAUUAUCCCCAUAUUCCUACGGGAACAGGAACCACGCGGGUGAAACCACGCGUCAUUAGCUAGUGUGUAAUAAAAGUGAUUAUAAAUAAAGAUGUAUAAACAAAGGUACCAAAUACGAGUCUAUAGUCUUUGGGAUAGAAUACAACAACAAAAAAAAAGAAAAUAAUUUGAAUCUACUUACUUUUACUUUUACUAAUAGAUAUUGAAAACAAAUGCUUUGUUUAUUGUUCAUAUUUAUUAUCUAUAUUUAAAAUAUUAAGUUUAGUGUUCAAUCAAAUGCCUUAAAAAUGAGCUUUUCAAUUAAAAAAAAUAAAAAUUGUUCCUUUAUUUGCCGAACAAUUUAAUUGUUUAACUAUUUAAUGCUAUGAUUAAAUUAAAUAAAACUGUAUUUGAUUUACACAACAGCCAAACUUCCACCAAAAACACAUCAGGAGUCCGAGAUAGUAAAAAGUCCUCAAGACCACAUUUUAACGGCGUAGUGCAAGCUCGUGUCAUUUUUAUGAUUAUGUAAAUGAAACAUAACUAUAGUUCUUAGUGAAAUAACUAAUUAACUGUAAAAACACACGCCACUUAUACUCUAUGAUAAAAAAUGCUUGAUUUUACACAAUACCUAUGCGAUUUAUGAAAUUUUAUUAAUUAUAAUCUAACAUUAUAACAACUUUUAGAAGGAACAAAACUAAAUAAAUAAAAAACUCGCGGUCAAUUCGUUUGUAAGCAAAUCAUAAAAAAGGCAGUUUAUAAGGAAUGACAUAGUUUUAAAAUCAAUUUUACUGACGUCAACUUAUCAUAUUAUUAUAAAUAAGAUUGUCAAAUUUUAACAAACAAAAAUUAUAGUAGGUACUAUUUGGAAUACUUAUUAAUUUCCUGCCAAUUAUGAUUUUUACAAGCGAAUUUAUUGCGUCAUUAAAAAUAAAAAAAAAACAUAUUUAAUAAGAAAAAAAUAUAAUCAUGUAUGUACCAAUUAUAUUUAAAAAUAGAUAUGUAAGGAAAAAAACCAAAAAAAAAAAAAAACAAUUUCUUUUCUAAAAGUUGUUAAAAUGUAUAUACGGGUGUCCUGUAAUUAAUGGAUAAAACUCAAUUAGUAGAUACACCACCUUAUCUAAAACUAAUUUGAACAGUUUUCAUUACAUUUGUGUUUUAUCCAUUAAUUAGGAGCACCCUGUAUAAUGAUAUAGGUUCGACUAAACUUGAACUAAAGCUUAAGGAAUUAAGAUAUCAUGGGAAAUAAGCAAUAAGUUAAUUAUAUUGUAUCUACGAUCUAUAGACUCGGUGAUCACUGUCAAUCGCUCGGCUCACGGAACUAUGUCAAAACUUGUCAAGUAGUUGAUCUGUUGGGAAUAACUUUAAAGUCCGGCCGCUCAGAGAUUGCAUUUCUGACACCUGUCAAUGCCUCCUUUUUAUGUUUUGUUAAUUAAUUAAUUGUUAAUGAUUUUAGCCCAAAAUUACUUAAUACGUUACGUUCAUUGUAAGUUGGCAUAAUUAUUAAUGUUAUUAAGGUUAACAAAAUAUAUUUAAAUAUCUCAAUGACAUUGACAUUAUCUCUCUCAUCGACAAUGACAUAGACAGGUGACAGAAACGCAAAUAUAGUCUAUACGUCGCUGUGAAAUAAGUAUCACAGAUCGCGCAUUUGGAGAUUACUCUUUAGGUAUGAUUAUCUUAGGGAGUAUUUACCAUAACUUUGAGGGUAUAUUCUUUACCGAAAAUUAAUUAAAAAUGUUCAAGGAACAUGUGUUCUAAAAUUAAUAUUUUCGGGGUAAAUAUUAUUUAUAUUGUAAAUAGAUCUCAAAAUGAUCUCAAAAAUCAUCUUAAAAAUAAACACAUCCUUAUAAUUAUGAAAUAUCCAAGUUUUAAGUAUUUUAAAAUGCAAGGAUAGAUAAAAGCGUGAGUUACAUGGAUAGACGGAAUUAUUUGAAUUAAUUAUUUUGUAUGAAAACAUAAAAAGUUUUUAUUUUUUAGUUAAAAAAAUAUAAGUUAUGUGGUUCGGCAAAUAAAUGGACUCAUCAACGCCUUGAAGUUAUGGGAAAUACUCCUGAGCACUCUGUAUAAAAUACAACAUGAAGGCAACUAACACAUUUUUCAUUAAACUGCAUCAUAUGAAUAUAAUAAAUUCGUACUUAUUUGAUUUAUAUGAUACAGGAGAACUAUGCAUUUAUUUAUUAAUUUAUUGACAGUCAAUUCUACACUUUAUUUAAUUUGUGUUGGUAUAUUUAUAUAUAUAUAAUAGUACCUUAUCGCAGGUAAUAUUAUAUAUAUUCUACAGCCUUUCUUGAUGAGUACUGUUUACCAACAAAGAAAUUAGAAAUGAAGAUAGAAAACGCAUGUCAUUUCAUAACUUAUUUAUUUUAAAUUAUGUAUGGUUUGUUUAUUUAUUUAAUUAAUAAGGACAACCAACAGCUGAUACAAUGUCACAUGUCAAUAAUUUACAUUAAUAUACUAAGUUAUUGCCCAGCUAAUUACAGGUUAUCACAGCAUUCACUAAUUAAAAUAACUUAUGUCAAAUCUACAGUUGUCAGCAAUGAAAUGUCAAAAAAUAUACAAUGCAAAUUAAUAUCUAAAAAAAAAUGUCGGAUUACAAUAAACUAAAAGCCAUUAAAAUAAAAAAUAAGUCACAUAAAAUUAAAAAAAAAAUAAACAAGAAAAUUAUAUCUAAAAAUUACAAUACAUUAAGAAUACAAUACAAUUAUAUUUACAUAAUGAAAUUAUUAUUAAUAUUAAAUGUCAAUAUGAAGAAAUUAUUAAUUUUAAGAAGUCAAGUAAGUUUAUAAAAUAUAUUAACCAUAUCUAAUUGUUCUAAGGCUAUCAAUCAAAUUUAUUUUCAUUAAUAUAAGAACUUGUUAAUUAAUUUGUUAAUUUGUUUGUUGGUAAACAGUACUCAUCAAGAAUGGCUGUGGUAUAUUAGGUAAUAUAAAUCUACAAUGUUUGUUAUGGAUUGAUUUAUUUGUUGUUUUAACAUAAUAUUACUUUUACAUUCAUAUUUUAAAUUUAAUAUUAGGUUAAAAAGUUCGUUUUGUUGUCUAGUUUGUUGUAUAUUUGGAAAUACGUGUUGGACUAUUUGACACACUAAUUAUCAGCUUGUUCACGCGGCGAAGUAACGAUGUACAAAGAUCGGUACAUAUUCCAAUACAAUCAACAGCUAUUAGUGACAAGUAACACGGUUUUGAUGAAAAAAUCCCGAUUUUAACCAUUGAAUAUACACAGACAACCUGUCCAACCAAUUUUAUUAUAUAUAUGUAGUGAAGUAUGAUUUAAAAUGAAUUACUUAGUAUGGCUAUAAAUGUAUCUGCUUAAUACAACAUGAACAAGGCCCGAUUAACGCUGUCGGCCAUAUUAAUAAACAUUGAUUAAAGUUAAAACAUCAAAGUAAUUUAAAGUGUAAUUUUAAUAACAGCGGUUCAUUUUACUUUGAAGUAGUUUGAUGCUUAAAAUUUAAUAAAUGUUUAUUUUAUUAUUUUUUUUUAAUUUUAUUUGACGUACCUACAGCUAGUACACAGUAUAUGUUAUAAAAAAAGUAUAUGUACAAUGAUGUGGAGAAUGUGUCCAGCCCUCAGACUAAUUAGAUAAAGACCUGCCUCGCAAGACAUUAUUUUUCUGUCAAAGUAUAUGAUCAACGAUCUUAUGCGAUUAUAAACACUGUCUUUAUAGAAUCGACGUUUCAUAGUUUACAAUCGUGUCCAUCGGUUAAAAACCUCUGUAAAAAUACCUUCUUGUGUAGUUAAAUGGUUUAAAAAACGAACAAAACUGCUGGUUUAGUAUAAGAUAUGUAUGAAAUUUAAGCUCGUUUUCCUUAGAAAAUGGCAGAAAAUUUUGUUCGUGAAUUUGGGUGCGAUACUAGUCCCUAUGUAUUUAGUCUGAGGUCCAGCCACUUAGAGGUGUAUACAGCUCGAUAUCGUGAAUCAGGGUUCCCAACUUAGGGGUUUUCCCCCCAGAUUUAGGGGGCAAAUAAGUGAAAUGGGAUUUUUUUAUGGGUCUGAAAUUUUUAGGGGUAUUUUCAGGGAUUUUUUGACUCUUUAAUAUUUUUAAAUUGAUGAUAAUUUUAAUAUUUCUUUCUUGGCCUAGCGACUUUAACGACAUAUAAUACGUUAUUCUACAACCACUCUGAGGCAAUUGGAGGCAAUUUUCUUCGAAUAAAAAAAAUUGGGAAAUUUAUUCAUUGUCAACAUGUAUAAUUUCAAAAAAUCUGAAUCUUCAGAUAAAGACGUUGUAUUUUGUCUGUAUUAAAUAUAGACUUUUGAUACAUAUGACAGCAUAUUAUUUCUAAAUUAUUAUGAAUUUAUAUUUUUUAGGGGGACAACUCAAUAAUUAAGGCGAUUUUAGGGGUAUUUGACACCAACUUUAGGGAUAAAUAUUUUGGAGAGUUGGUAACACUGUCGUGAAUUUGGGUCCUUAUGUAUUUAGUCUGAGGUCCAGCCACUUGCAGGUUUAAACAGCUCGAUUUAAAGAAACAUUUUACGAUCGACAAAUUAAUCAUAGUUAUACUAAACAGUUCACAUAUUCAAGAAUAUAAUAAAGCUUAACAACUAAUAAAUGAAUAAAUAUGUUAAAUAGUACCUACAGAAUCGCUGGCCGAUUGCAGACUUGAUGAUGGUGCCGCUAAAACUUUUUUUAAAUAUAUUUAUAAAUAUUGCUGUUUAAGUUUACAGGUGCCCACCAGCACUCACUUAUUAACGAGACGUAAAGCUUCGUUAUUAUCUCAGAUUUACAUUGUAGGCAUUAAAAUUAAGUUGGAAAUUGAAUAGUUUAUUCAUUUCAAGUGGGCUUUACAAUUGCUUAGAAGUCAUGUAUAUUCAAAGAUUUUAUUCUAUAAAAUCAUUGUGUUUAACAGUGAAUGACUAUCAUCUACCACUGUUUUAUAUAGAGGUGUCAACCGUAUUAUCUAUACUUAUAAUAAAUCUGUAGAGAGGUCAAUUCUGUACAUUAAAUACAUUACCAAAAUAACUAUCAGGGGGUGAUUAGUGAUCGAUACCUACUGAUGCUAAAAAUGCAAUCAGUAAAAUUUUUGUCUGUCUGUCUGUAUGUUCGUUACAGAAACAAAAACUACUCGACGGAUUUUAACGAAACUUGGUACAAUUAUUCUUCACACUCCUGGGCAGGUUGGACUGGAGGACUGACAGACAGACAGACAGACAAAAUUGGAAAAAAAUACAUGAUUUUUGAAUGAAUUAUUAUUGUUUUUAAUAAAUUAGAUACGAGUCAAGUACCCUAUUGAUUUUUUUUUUUUUAUUGAGAAAGUUAAGCUAACUUAUCCUAAUAACUAAAGAAAUCAUGAAUUGAAUUGAAUAUAUAUAGGUUUAUAUCCUAAGUAUUUCUGUACAAGCCAGUGUUUGUUUUUAGUCUUUAUUUCCAGUAUAUUUAUUUUGUAUCAUAUUAUGUAAAUUAUUUUGUGUGCAUAAAUGUUGUUAGCCUGUCUAAAUAAAUAAAAUAAAAAAAUAUAUAUACACAUUUUCAUCUUCAUCGAGCCUUGUUCAUGAGAAAGUUAAAAAAAAACAAAUAAAGUGAUGUGUUCAAGGCUACAGGUAUUUAUCGAUUCCCCCGUAAAUGAAUGUAAAUGAAAAAGGAAUGUAAAUAAAUGAAUGCCGGCGGUGAGGUUAACGUAUAUGUAAUAAUUAUAGUAAUAAAUGUAACUAUUCUAAAAGUAAAUGUAAGUGCUACUCUAUGUGUACUGUAAACUUUAUAAUCAUGACAAAAAUAUAUAUAAAAUUUGAAAUGGAUUUGAGUUUUAUUUCAUACCAGCUGACGCCGUGCGGUUUCACCCGCGUGGUACUCGUUCCCGUAGGAAUACGGGGAUAAUAAUAGGGGUUAAAGUAUGAAAUUGCCGAUUUGUACUGAAAAUCUAAAUUGUUUAUUUUUUAAUUUUUAACAAAUUUAUUUAAUCAAAAUAGUUGCCAUUAUUAUCUAUACAUUGCUGUCAUCUAAUGGGAAGGUCAUUAAUGCCUUUGCGAUAGAAUAUAUAUAGGUUUAUAUCCUAAGUAUUUCUGUACAAGCCAGUUAUUGAUGUUUAUGUUUUAAAUCUUUAUUUCCAGUAUAUUUAUUUUAUAUCAUAUUAUGUAAAUUAUUUUGUGUGCAUAAAUGUUGUUGGCCUGUCUAAAUAAAUAAAAAAAAAAAAAUAUAUACACAUUUUCGU